ACGGGACAUGGGUUUCGGGGAGUUUCAUUCGCGCAAAAUAACACUAAUUUCGUGGUAACGUAUGCAUUUCUUUACGCUCGAGGAUCAAGCAGAAACUCCUCAACAAAAAAGGGACGCACUGAAAUACUUCACGGAAAAACGGUGCACUUGUACAGUGACCGAUCAUUAAAGAAACUGAGGAUGCGUAGUGUCCAUGCUGGUUCAAACACAACAAUUGGAUGAGGCAGAAUAGUUUCACUUUCAGAGCCACAAUGGAGCCAGUUUCAGCGCUCCUCGCUGCGCGGAAGGGAGGGCGUGCGGCUCGCCGAUUGGGGUAAAGUCAUGUUGAACGAUUUAUAUCACAACCUACGUGCUUCAAGAAAGUCCAUUCUGUUCCAAUCGCCAGUAGAAAGGCGUGGCUGCCCAAAAUCUUCGACGAAUAGUGAAAAAAUGGGAGGGCACGAGCGAGCUGCGUGAUGUCCUCUCCGAAGGUAGGCUGCAGCGUGUGUUUAUUGAUGAGAUGAAAGAAGAUGGAAGUGAGAAAUGAAACAAAGUAAGGGACAAUAUUAAUAAACUCAGUCCUUGCCUGGGGAAAAGCUGUGAAGCGCUGUAGCCACUGGAGAAGAAAGACCCUUAAAGCAGCAGGCUACUUUUUUUUCUUCUUCUAUAGCUGCUACCGGCCUCCUUUUCCUCAUGGUUUGGUGAAAUUCUUCGUGUCUUUGCAGGGCGACAUCGAUUCUGCAUGAGGUUAGAUUGUGGCCAGACCGAAAUGAAAUGAGUGGCUAACGACUGACCUCUUCCGCUGCACCACCACCACCAGCAACCUGUAGCAUCUAACCAGUGCCUCUUCACCAGCCUGAUACACAAACGCACCCACAUACACACAAUUACCUAACAGAACACCAUCAGACUGUGACAUCAGGUGCAAGGGGAUGACCGAACGCAUUCACCACAUUAAUCUCCACAACUUUAGCAAUUCUGUACUUGAGACCCUCAAUGAGCAGCGAAACCGCGGGCACUUCUGUGACGUGACUGUUCGGAUCCAUGGUAGCAUGCUGCGAGCUCACCGUUGUGUGCUGGCUGCAGGCAGCCCCUUCUUUCAGGACAAGCUGCUCCUGGGCUACAGUGACAUCGAGAUCCCCUCUGUGGUUUCUGUACAGUCCGUCCAGAAGCUGAUUGACUUCAUGUACAGCGGCGUGCUGCGGGUCUCCCAGUCCGAGGCCCUGCAGAUCCUCACCGCUGCCAGCAUACUCCAGAUCAAGACCGUCAUCGACGAGUGCACCCGCAUUGUUUCACAGAAUGUUGGCAUUGGUGGAUCUGGCAGCUUCUCCGUGGUCCCGGGGGACUCGGGGCAGGAGACGCCGCGGGGAACUCCCGAGUCUGGCACGUCCGGUCCCAGUAGUGAUGCCGAAUCAGGCUACAUGCAAACAUCUCACCAGAGCCUUGACCGCGUUUACUCCUCGCUUUACUCCAGCUGCUCCGGCUUGGGCCUGCAAAACGGUACCCGUGGAAACCGCUCCCACUACACCAAUGCCGCGGUGACGGCCAGCUACGACUCGCCCCUUCAACUCCAGCAGAAGGAGGGAGGGCAGGACCCUGCCUGGAUCACACGCAUCCACGAGCGCUCGCAACAGAUGGAGCGCUUUCUGGUCACGUCGGAGACUACGCACUGCCGCAAACAGCCUCGCCCCGUGAGGCUCCACACUGGGGACAUUCACAUCAAGCAGGAACAAGGGGACGAGUACAAUUGCUACGGCCUUGUGGACUGUCGCGAGGACAGCGAGCAGCUGGAGUGCAUCGAAAGCGAGCCCAAAGGCGAGAGCUUCGACUCCGGCGUCAGCUCUUCCAUCGGCACGGAGACGGAUUCCGUCGAGCAGCCUUUCUUGUCUGGGUUCGGUCGAGACAAUUGUCUGAAUAAAGGCCAGCAAGGUGAGCGGGGAACCCCCGUGCAGAUCGAGGUCAACGAUUCAUCUCCCGAGCAGACCCAAGAAGCGGUCGAAGAGGGCAGUGGGAACGGCCCUUCUCAAGAGAGCGCUGAGCUCGGAGUCAACCAGCCGCCUCAAGCAAACCUCGCAGUCUCGCAGUCGAUGCCAGGCGGGCCGUACCUGCGGCCAGGUGAGCCACUUACCAGCAACCUGCGCAUGCCCCUCACCUUGACCAGCAACUCCCAGGUAAUGGGAACGGCGGGCAACACUUACUUGCCUACGCUCUUCGCAACCCAGUCAGCCAGCGACAACAAGCCUUUCCUCUUCAGUCUGCCCCAGUCCAUUGGGAAUCAGCAGCCGCAGUUUGUGGCAGUGCCCUCUCCCAGCAUGCCUCCGUACCCCAGCGGGCUGACGGUGCCACCCGGUGGAGGUCAACAGCAAGGUGUUGCGGCGGGGGGGCAGCAUGGGGAAAAGAAGCCCUACGCAUGCACUCUUUGCUGUAAGACCUUUACUGCCAAACAGAACUUCGUCAAGCACAUGUUUGUGCACACUGGUGAGAAGCCGCACCAGUGCAGCAUCUGCUGGCGUUCGUUCUCGCUGAAGGAUUAUCUCAUCAAACACAUGGUCACACACACAGGAGUCCGAGCGUACCAGUGCAGCAUCUGCAACAAACGCUUCACCCAGAAGAGCUCCCUCAACGUCCACAUGCGCUUGCACCGCGGAGAGAAGUCCUACGAGUGCUACAUCUGCAAGAAGAAGUUCUCCCACAAGACCCUGCUGGAGCGCCACAUGGCCCUGCACAGCACCGGGACCGGGGUCACCGGGGUCAGUGCCGCAGGAAGCGUCGGAGGUCCCGUGUCCAUCCCAGUCCCGAUGGCCGUCCCCGAGCCGGGAGCGGGAGUGGUGGCCCUGGCCAUGCCGGUGGGAGGGGGCGGAGCCGGGGGUGGAGUCGUGAGCACCGGAGUGGGCGUGGCUGCCGAAGCAAGCUGCCAGGAGGGGACCACCUACAUGUGCUCCGUGUGCCCUGUCAAGUUUGACCAAAUCGAGCACUUCAAUGACCACAUGCGCAAGCAUGUCUCCGACGGAUAAGUACAAACUUGCGUUAACACGAAAAAGAAUGAAAUGAUAAAGAAAACGGCACUAGAUUUUUGUUUUUUCUUUCUUAUAUUGGGGCAUGAAGAGUAAUGAGUAUAGACACUGGCACAUUAAGUUUUCUAGAGAAAAAAAAAAAGAAGCGUUUUUAAUUUCUUUCCUUUCCUUUUUUUUUUUUCUUUUGUCCUUGCUAUUCUUAAAGAAUAAAAAAAGAUGGUGGCCUUAAGGCUGUGUAGUUGGAUAAUGAUCCACUGGCUGGAUCCAUACUACUGGCCUCUAAAUGUAUGCUUUCCUUAAAUACUGAUUUAUGUGUUGAACACUACCGAAAGGCCUGCGAAAGAACACACAAGAGAAAAAAAUUCACAUGCUCGCACACACUCUGGCAUACGCAAACACAAAUACACAUACCCAUGCAUGCACUUACACGCACAAACUACUUAUACACACUUAUAUAUGGUAGAGGUAUUUUGUACGUAUGUGUGUUUGUGCAUGUGAGCGUGCGCGUGUGCACAAAAAUAAACAUUGCAGUGAAUUUUUUUAAACUUGUAGAUCUUUUCCCAUGUAGACCGUAUUGGACACUAUAAGCGUCCAAGCUUACUGUGGUAUAGAUUAUUAAAAAAAAAAACAAAAAAAAAAACCUUGAAAAAAAAAAACUAAACAUUUGGCUCUAGAUUCAUUCUAAAAUAUUGAUGGUCACAUGUUUGCCUUUUUACAUGCGAUAAGAACAGGAGAGUUGUUCAAUUUGACACUGGGUUUUUAUUUAUUAUUAUGGCAUUGAGGGAUUAUGAUGUUGAUGUUGUCAAGGUACAAGCCAGUUUUACUAACUGUACUAAAAUGGGAAUCUUCAAGUGGCUUGAUGGAUGAAUGAUUGAUUAUUUUGCUUUUCUCCCGCCACACUUUUUUUUUUUUUUUUAAUGGUUCAGGUCAAGUUUACAAAACAAACAAAAGUUUAUCGAUGACAGUAUUCGAGCAAAAACUUUGAAUGCCGUUAAUAAUUUCCAAUUCGUUUCGCAUACACUGCCACUAAGAAGACGACUGUUAGUUGACCUCUUCCGCUUCAAAAACGAAACGUGAUAUAAAGUUUUUCAUUUGCUCCGUGGUUCUGGUUUUUAUUAUUUUUCAAGGAGGGGGAAAAAGGCAGAUAUUAGUAUGCAAACAGGCCCAGAAUCCAAUCCAAUUGCUGCUCCUCACAUGCUCACUUUGAGACUGUUAUCAGCUGUAGAAUCCAACGCUAGGUGGAUAUGUCUCUAAUUAUUAGUAGUUCUCAGUGAACAUGGGAAACGUUAAGCUAUUUGGAGCCAUGGGCUAGAUUAGAUCAAAAGCAAACUGGACAGAAAUAACCUCCUAAAAUAUGGUGUAUUUCCUGUUCGUGGCGACUACUGUGACUCAGUUGUUUGGGCCGGUGGGGUGACUAAAAUGCACUACUCCUGUUCCUCAAGCCCCACCUAGUGGCUCAAACAGCCGUCCUUGUUUUUUGCCUGAUUGGAAAUACAAGAGAGAAAGGGAAGGAUAUAGGCAACAGAAAAAUAAAAAAAAAACACAGUAAAACAAACACGGUCAUUCUUCUUUAAUAUACCACAGCUCUCCAAACAAUAAGAAACAUUCCCAGUUUUACCGAUAUCUAGACAUUGUGUGUGUGUGUGUGUGCUUCGGAAGUGAGUUCAGAAGGUUGUAUUUUUGGUGUUACGUCACUCGGAAGCUCUGCGUUCAUAUUUGGCUCUUUGUUAUACGCGUAUUUCAUGGAUAUAAAAGACUCAUUUGCCGUGCAACUGCAAUCAGGCAAUUUUUACUCACUUAUCUGAGUAGAUACAUCUUUGAAGUGUCGUAAAAACGCAUCAAUCAGACUUUUUUCCAGUUCGGGAUUUGGUCGCGUAAGUUGUAGGUUUGAAAUACAGUGCUACUUUGCACAUUUACUUCAAAAUCCUGUGCUUAAACAUUGAAUUGUUUUACUUAAGAAAUUAAAUUCUAUGAUUUCUCUUUGUUUAUAAAGGAAAUAUCUUUUCUUAAAAGCUUGAUAAGAGGACUGCAUUGUUUUCUUGCAUAUAUGUUGCACUGCUUAAACCAAUAAGUGCACUACUGUUACCAGAGAUGUUCUAGUUUUUAGAGAUGAUCUUGUUUUUGUUUUGUUUUUCUCAAAUAUUUGGUUCUAUAGUUCACUUGUGUUUGAGUAGCUUUGUUCCUUUUUUUAUUUUUAUUAUUAGAUGAUUACAUUUUUCAUGGCUUUGUUAUCAUCACUUGCUAUUGUGCUGUUUAUGCAAGGUUUUUUUCUUCUUCUUCUUCUUCUUCUUCUUUAUUUAUAUUUAAAGCAUUGUGAGCUUAUCCCUGGUCAGAUCCUAAUGAUGUAUCGCUUACACCACUUUCAUCCCGAUGCAGUUAAUUCAUCCAAGCAGAUGCUCGGUUUUCUUCUCAUUCAUACCAAACUAAAAAAAAAAAAUCACAAAAAAACAAACAUUAA